CUGGACCCUCCGGAGUGCCCAGAAGGGUCUCCCGGAGUGGUCGCUGCCUCCCUGGAUGGAGGCGCCUCCAGAAGGAGCCGGCUGAAUGCUGUCUGGCCUUCACCUUGCAGCCUCUGCUGACCACACCUCCCGAGUGCAGGGGCUGCGGCCCACCUGCCACCGCAGGAAAUGCUGUCCCAGCACAGCCGGCUCCCAGAGACCCCGGUGUGACCGCCAGGAUGGAACUGGGGCCUGCAUCAAAGACCUUCGUGUUGGAGCUUCGAUGUCUUGCGGAUGGGGGCCCAGGGCCUGACACCCUCUCAGGUGGCAGAUGUGGGAACGAGAGUCAAGAGGAGGAAGAGGGGAGCAGCAGCCCCCAACUACCAGCAGCGUCAGCCCCAAGACAGGCCAGUAACAUCACUGAGGAAGCCCAGCCAGGACAGCAGGAGUUACAACAGCAACAGUUAGAGCAGCAGCCAGAAUUGCAGCAACAGUCACAGUAUGAACCACAACACCAGCAACCACAGAACCAACUACUAGAACGUCAACCAAAAUUACAACAGCAGCAGCAGGAUGGGCAACAGCAGCUGCCUGAACUACAGCAGGAACUACAGGAAAACCACCAACCUGUGCAACAACAGAAACUGACUCCACAGCUGCAGCUAAAUCAACAGCAUGGACAGGUGGAACAGCUGGUGCAAGAGCAACAAGUGCAGCAGCAGCAGCAGGAGGAGGAGGAGGAGGAGGAGGAGGAGGAAAAGGAAGGGUUACAGCAGCAGCAAGUGCAAGAGCAACGAUUGCAGCAGCAACAAGAACAGGAACAGUUACAGCAGCAGCAGGUAAAAGAGCAACUACUGCAGCAGCAGCAAGUGGAAGAGCAACUGUUGCAGCAGCAGAAACAGUUACAGCAGCAGCAAAUGCAAGAGCAACUGUUGCAACAGCAGCAGCAAGUACUACAGCAGCAACAACUGUUACAACAGCAGAAACAACUACAGCAGCAACAGUUCCAACAGCAGGAGGAGCAGCUCCGGCAACAGCAGCUACUGUUGCUGCAGCAGCAGGAACAGUUACAGCAGCAGCUGUUACUCCAGCAGCAGCAGGCACAGAUCCAGCAGCACCUCGUGCUGCAGCAGCAGGGGCAGCUCCAGCAACAGCAGCAGGAGCCUCUGCAGCAGCCUCCUGCUGCAUUGGACCCAGAGGAGGAAGAAGAGGUAGAGCUGGAGCUCAUGCCCGUGGACCUGGGGUCAGAGCAAGAACUGGAGCGGCAGCAGGAAUUGGAGCAGCAACAAGAGCUGGAACGGCAGCAGGAGCAGAGGCAGCUGCAGCUCAAACUGCAGGAGCAGCUGCAGCAGCUGGAGCGGCAGCUGGAGCAGCAGCAGCUGGAGCAACAGCAGCUGGAGCAACAGCAGCUGGAGCAGCAGGAGGUGCAGCUGGAGCUGACCCCCGUGGACCUGGGCGCUCAGACGCAGGAGGUGCAGCUGGAGUUGACGCCCGUGCAGCCCGAACUACAGCUGGAGCUGGUGCCCGCUGCUGCAGGGACUAACGGGGCCGCGGUCCCGGGGACCCCGGCGGCCGUCGUGGUGGCACCUCGAAAGGAUCGGCCAACCAUCUGCGGGGAGUGCGGCAAGGGCUUUAGCCGCAGCACGGACCUGGUUCGGCACCAGGCCACUCACACGGGCGAGCGGCCGCACCGCUGCGGGGAGUGUGGCAAGGGCUUCUCGCAGCACUCCAACCUGGUGACCCACCAGCGCAUCCACACGGGCGAGAAACCUUACGCCUGCUCCUACUGCUCCAAGCGCUUUAGCGAGAGCUCAGCGCUUGUGCAGCACCAGCGCACGCAUACAGGCGAGCGACCCUAUGCGUGUGGCGACUGCGGCAAGCGCUUCAGCGUCUCCUCUAACCUGCUGCGGCACCGACGUACUCACUCAGGCGAGCGACCUUACGUGUGCGAGGACUGCGGUGAGCGCUUCCGCCACAAGGUGCAGAUCCGCCGCCACGAGCGCCAGGAGUUGGACUUGGCCCAACCCUGCGUGGUGGACACCUGUCUGCGUGCAGACCACACGUACCUCCAACUUCGGCCUCAGCAACCCAAAGGCCUUCUUACAUUUGGCUACAAAGGAACCCUGUCCUUGCACGAGCCUGUGCACCUGCUCCCACCCGCGUUGGCCCGGUGCAUUAACAGUGGUCCCGGAAAGAGGUGUGGCGGAGCUGUGGGACAUGGCCCAGCUGCUCCUCCAUUCUCUAAGAGUGAUGAGCCCCUCCACGCCCUUUGCCUACAUCAGGGUCUGGCAACACCGCCGGCCUGA